AUUGGAGACGUUUUCAGAGCCUUUUAUUCUUCUCCUCGCCAUCUCUCUCUCCACUCUGUCACACCAUCCCGCAGUCCCUCCCAUUGCCCCUUUAAUUGUGUCUUUACAACAACUUCUCCCCCCCCCCAGGCCCACACGGUUGUAAAAUGAAUUUCCCAUGAGAAAUAUUUCUCACAAGUCGCACCUCAGCUGGAUAAAAGAUGCGACACGCAGCUGAGAGUUGAGUAUUUUUUGCCUGCUUCAAGAUGUGGAGGGUGUGUGUGACUGCGUGGUUGUGUGUUUAGGAAAUGAGGGAGGCGUGUGUUGAGUUGUGAAUCCAGCCCUUCCAGUGGAGCCUGAAGCAACAGCUGGAUCAGCAGACCGCCUGUCCCUCCGUGUAGCGCCGCAGGAAGUUGCAAGAGGGGCCAACACAUUAAAUCAGUGUAGUGUUGAAACUUUCAUGAUGCCUUCACUGCCAGGGAUUGGAUGGACUGUUUUCUGUCUCCUUCUGCUCUGGAGGACAAUGGCAGCUCAAAGUGAAGAGUUGCAAUGCUCCGUGGCACCAGUGGAGGCGCUACACCCUGUUCAGGGUCUGCUGGAGAGGUUUGAGGUUGGUCUGGGCUGUGCUGCCAGAGAAAGUGGCAACAAGGAGACUCAUGUCAUUGCAGUGGGGAGAGUAACAAACAGCCCCAACAACAAGGUGACGGUGUUGCUGAAGCCCUUGUCUCUGUCCCCUUCACCUCUCAGAGCCCUCCACUUGCUGCUCAGCUCCAAGCUCCCAGUCAACUGGUGGCUGGAGGCAGAGAGACUGUCCCCCGACCUCCCAGUACUGGUGCAGGUGUCCGGUAACUCCAGUGUAGAGUCCCACUCUCUGCGUCUGCUUGUACAACCCGUACAUUCACUACCUUUCCGACCACGUGCGCUGCACCGCUGGGCUCUGAAACACCACGGCAACCUGUCCUCUCUGACACACACAACGCAUGGCAAUCGAGUCUAUGUCCGACUGGGAGAGGAUCCAACCCUGCCCGCUGUGUGCCAGCUGCAGUCCAUGUUCCUCUCUAACAACUACAUGACCUCUGACCUGCAGCCACAGGAAGUGCAGGGCUGCGCCCACGCGGAUGCAGGUGGGAUCAGCCCUGAAGUCCAUGUGAUCAAGCUCCAUUCAGCGGGCUCAGGGCUCUGUGGCUCUCUGCAGGUGGAGGUGAUAGUCUCUCUUGUGCCCCCGAUAGCCAGUUGGAAGACACAGAAGGUUGUGUUGAUUCUCAGCAGCUCGGUGCCAGUCAACUGGGCCAUUAUUGCUCACGGUGUCCGGGGUCAUGUCUCUGUUCAUUCCUCCAACAGUGUAUCCCCACCCUACCCACCUGAGCCUGACCUGAGCCUUUCCAGUACACUGAACUACGACCUGUCCACCAUACCUGACCUUCUUGUCUGGGCCAGUGAGAGCGGCUACACCAAGGUGACCUCAUACACUGAGGCUGACCUGGCCAAUCGCUUUGUGAUCCAGCUGGCUGGGGGCGGGACAGACAUGUUUGCAAUGAUGAAUCCUCUGGUUGGGAGGCCUAACUGGGCUGAGGAGCGCAGGCUGAGAGAGUGGCUGAACAGUAGAGCCAGAGUAGGAGGAGGCCGAGAGAGUUUCACAGUGCAGUGUGAUGACGGACGCCUCAGUAUGACCGUGGACCGACACAUCCUGCAGAGCUUGUCUGUCCCAGUGGCUGCCGUGACUCUGCGAGACCCAACGUGCCAGGCUCAGUCCAAUGGGAGCCAUUUCCUGUUGGUGUUCCCAGUCAUUUCCUGUGGGACUGAGGGACUGCUCUUGGGACAUCCCAAAGGGGUGCAGUACAAAAACAAGGUGUUAUUAUGGAGAGACAAGCCUCGGACCAUCCCGGCACUCAAUGGCACAGACAAAAAGACAAAAACUCCACUCGGCAUACAUGAGAUAUCUUUCAGCUGUUUGGCUGCAGUCUCCAGCCCUGCUUCUGAUGAUAAUGACAAUGUAAACACUCCUCAGACAGGGCUGGUCCCUUGGGCACCCGAAGGUCCGGGGCCGGAUCCAGGACUGAGCCACACCCUGACACCCAAACACAGAACUGGGCCUGUUCUCAUUUUGAAACUUUUCGUUACUGACAGCUACGAUCAGAAGCGGAUUGGCCCUUGUGUCAUCACUGCAAACCACCGUGUCUACUUUGAGAUUUCUGCAAAAGGGCCCUUUACAGAUGUUGUGGAGGUGAAGUCAUGUGUGGUCUCCCCCCUGUCAGACCCAAAAAAGUCUCCUUUCUGGACUGUCAUCAGGGACGGCUGUUCCUCAGACCCCUCACUGACCCUAGAUGUAAAAACAAAAGGGGGAGAGGAGGAAGAGGCUGAGGUUGAUGAUGAACUGGAGGAGGAAAAGGAAGAGAGAGAGGGAAAAGACAAGGAGAUUGAUGACAAAGAUGAAAGUGUCUCACGUCGCCGCAAAAUGGGUAGAGGGAGAGAAGCACCAGCAAGAACGAAAAAGAGUAGCACAAGUAUGGGAGUGGAGGAGGAGAUGCAGUCCUUGAGAUUUAGUUUCAUCCUGCGGCCCAUUUAUAAUGACUCCAUGCAGUUCCUCCACUGCAGCCUUCGCCUUUGUAACUCUGACUCCACAAGAGGGGAGCUCAUGACAGAAGCCGUACAGAAUGACUGUCAGGGUGGCUUACGUAUCCCUCCACUCGUAUCCAGGUCACCCAGACAUCAGUGUGAGAUCAGAAACCUGUCCAGGCCCAUGGUGGUCACCCAGCGUAUUAGUUCACUGGCACCCAAAUCACUGAGGCCCCCCAUGGGACAAAGAACCAAGAGACUGAGCGUGUCUCCACUGUCCAGUCCAAAUCAAGAGCAUAGCAGCUCUGUGGUGCAGACAGGACCAGUGAUGGGAAUUGUCUUUGCAGCCUUUGUGAUGGGUGUUGGCUUGAUGGGGGGGCUGUGGUGCAUCUACAAUUAUACAGGGGCACGCCCAGCAUCACUUGGAGGAGAAGGUCAUUUAACAGACCAGACUCAUGGAGGCCACAGCAUCUGGAAUCCACCUUCACCGUCUAAUCAGUCCACCAGCUCGCUGUAGAGGAUUUCCUCCUGCAAAAUCUGAGAAAAGGAGAACUGGGACAGAAGUUCAAACAAGUUGUUUGUGAGAGAGCACAGCUGCCUGUGUGUGUACUGAGCCGUGUUUGUGCAGUUCAGUAGUGAGUGUCGCUCAUCACUGUGCAGCCGAGAUGCGAGAGGGCUGAAACCAUGUGAAUACAGUAGCACUCAUCGCAGCAUUGUGAAAAAAUCAGAUGUUUGAUUCAAAGUGAAACAUUGUUUGUUCAAUGCUGCAAGCCAUUCUACAUCAAGUCAUUUCAAAACUGACAGCAAAUCAUCACAUGCAGAUGCCUUUAUCUGGACUCAACAGGAUCUAAACUUGGUUGCAGUGACUCAAACAAAAACCACAUCCUCCUCGCCUUUAGAAAAGGAGCACAAGGUCAAAGAUGAAUUGAAAUUUUGUAACUGUGAAUAUCAGCUGGAUAUCAAAACUACAUCUUGUACUGUAUGUGAAUUCUUUUGUGUUCAUGUGGCAAAUAAUUAAGAUGUAUUAAAUGAGCUAAAAUCCA